GGUGGCUAUGGCCAGCUAUGUGGGGGAAAGGUAAGCUUUAGGUAUUCCAGGCACAGGGCAGCUUGAGAGACCCUCCCUUCGCAGUUACAAUUCUUCCACGGUAUGAAGGGUCCGGCUAUCUGUGCAAGUGGCGGGGCUGAGUCCUGGCACAAGAGAAGAAGGAGAACGAGACGGCGGGGAGAGGACUGCCUCGGGAAGCGAGUCCCCGUAGUUGCAGAGGAUUGGCACCUCCUCCUCCCCCGCCUGGUCUCUCGCGACUCGGGCCUGUUCCUUUAAGAACCACCCCCGAAAGGACGCACUCGGUAUUGCUUUGCGGGCAAUAUCCGUGCGCUCGUUCGUCGGGGUGGCUGGAUGAAGGAGCAGAAAGUUUACGGCUGGCAGGCUCCCACCCCGGGAUGAGUGAAUGAGUGGCCCGCUACUCCCGCCCCCUGCAGACGGUUUGCGGCGGCGUUGCGCUGGCUCCGAGUGGCACCGUCUCAGUCUCCCCCGGAGCGGAGGAAAGGCGCAGGAGUUCGUCCGCGCAUGGCGCUGGUUACCGUCUGUCGUUCCCCAUCGGGGAGUGGCCACUCGACCCCCACCGGCUGCAAGGAUGAAGAUGUUCCCAGGAGGAGACAGUUGCAGCGACGCCACAGCUUUGUCAUGGUCAAAGGAGCUGCUCUACUCCUGCCGGAAGAAGACAAGUUGGAGGCAGUCCAGGAGGGUCCAGCAGCCCCCCUAGACCAAACACCUAAAAGUGAGGAUGCUGCAGCUGGGCAGCAAGAACUGCACUUAAAGCAAAUGGUGGGGAUACUGCGGCCAGAAGAUACCAUCCAGCUGGCUGUGAGACUGGAGUCAGCGCGAGUUCAUAGGAUCCGAUACCUGUUGGUGGUCUCAGCAGCGGAGAUGGAGAGUAAGAGCGAGAUGGUGCUUUUGGGGGUGGACUUCCCUGAUGAAAGCUUGGCUACCUGCACCCUGGGUAUGGUGCUUCCACUUUGGAGUGACACCCAGGUUUUCCUUGAUGGCGAUGGGGGCUUCAGUGUGACAUCUGGGGGACAAACACGGAUCUUUAAGCCCAUCUCUGUCCAGACCAUGUGGUCAGCACUGCAAGUGCUGCACAAAGCGUGCAGCGAAGCGGUCUGCAACAACUAUUUUCCUGGAGGGGGUGCAUUGAGCUGGACCGAGUGGUAUCAGAAGGCUGUGAAUUCUGACCAGAGCUGCAUUAAUGAGUGGCUAGCCAUGUCUGACCUGGAAUCUGUGCGGCCCACUUCUCCCUCCGUCGUCUUUGACCAGCCGACAGCACAGGAGAUGACAGAGCGGAUGAUCCGGGCCAAGCUGCGUGAGGUGAUGGGCACCACUGACCUGGAGAGCAUCACCUCCAAGGAGAUCCGUACAGAACUGGAGCAGCGAGUUGGCUGCAGCCUGAAUGACUACAAGGAGUUUAUUGACAAUGAAAUGUUGCUUAUCAUGGCACAGAUGGAUCGGCCUUCUAAGAUCUUUGACUACCUCUACUUGGGCUCUGAAUGGAAUGCAGCCAACCUUGAGGAGCUGCAAAAGAACAGAGUCAGCCAUAUCCUCAACGUGACUCGUGAGAUUGACAACUUCUUCCCAGAGCAUUUCACUUACAUGAAUGUGCGUAUCUAUGAUGAAGAGGCCUCGCAACUACUGCCAUACUGGAAGGAGACCUACAGCUUCAUUUCAGCUGCUCGGAUUCAAGGCUCUCGGGUCCUGGUGCACUGCAAAAUGGGAGUGAGCCGUUCUGGCUCCACAGUGAUUGCCUAUGCCAUGAAGGAACAUGGUUGGUCCCUGGAACAGGCCCUUGGUCAUGUGCAAGAACAGCGACCAAUUGUGCACCCCAAUCCAGGCUUCAUGAGACAGCUGGAACUUUACCAGGGCAUUCUGGAUGCCAGCCGUCACAGCAGCCUGUGGGAACAAAAGGCGGGAGAUGCCCCAUCAGGAGGCUUUUCUGAUAUAAGUGAUGCCAGCAGUGAUCAUUCUGGAAGCCUGGAGUAUGAGACUCUGAGCUCAGAUGAAGAGCCAGAGGCGCCAGUAACAACUCCCCAGUAUUGCUUUCGUCCUUUGCACGAGCCUUCCGAAAAUCUCGGCCAUCCUCUGCCCCCAGCUGGCAGCCCCCAGCUCAAUUCUCAGGGAACAGAAGAACCCGGGGCAUCAGAUGAUUCAGGAGCUGAGGAGGUGCGGAAACAUCUGGCUACCAUGAAAGUACCUGAGAAGCCGGCCCUACUCCGACGGGAACGCAUUAACCUUUAUGCAAUUAUGCGCAGCAUCAGUGAGAUGGAUAGCCCAGAACACAUCUCUGUGACAGAGGGCAUGCCUGAGGAAGAGCAGGUAUUUCUUCAUACCGAAAGGAAGACCUGUGAACCAUCAUCCCAAAGUGAGGAAAAUGAAAGGCCGGUAACAGAUUCUACAACAAAGUCAUCCCUGCCAGGGGAUCGGCGGGCACGUGGACGGAGGCCAGGGCGACGGGGACGUAGCAGGGCUUCCAGAGGCCAUGCUCAGCCUUGCAAGCAGCUCUCCUACCACCCAGCACCAGGCAAGGUGCAUAAAGCUGUUCGGCACAUGGAGGGGUCUGUCUCAUUUGGGCGCAAGCCCCCUUUGCAGCAUCGCCUCUCAGUGGCUCAGCUGGCUGAUGCUGCCCUGGUGGUGAGUCGGACCAAGGAGUUUGAGGGACAGAUGGAUCCUGAAAUUUCCAAGAACCUCCAAUCGCCAUCUUCCUUGCCAUGCUCCAGGACUCGACGGGUUGUGCGCCAGGCCAGCGUUGACAUGGACCCCAGCUCAGUCUGAAGACCUUUUCUCUGCCUUUCCCCCUUUCUACUGUCAGUAAGCAAAGGAUUUCAUGGAGUCCCAAGGCUGAACACACAUUAGUGAGAUCUAGCCUGGGGAGAUGUAUUUCCUGUACACUGCCCAGGAGGAAGAGUGAGGAGGAGAGGACAGUUCUGCUCCUCAAGAGCCCACAGCUGCUUUCCAAGUGCAUCUGUUCUUCUUUCUCUGGGAAAUGGCAGCAUGGGUGGGGAGAGGACCAGCGUUCUUACUGGGUUUACUUCAUUUAUUUGUUACAGACCUAAGGGCCCUGCAGACCUCACGGUUUUAAGUUCCAUAUGGCAGGGCUGUGUUUGUUCCUUUAAUUCGCUUUGAAUGGCUUCAUAUUCUAUUCUUCUCCAAUCUGAUAUUUUCCAGAUGGUUUGGACUGGAAUUCUGGUCAUCCCCAUCCAGCACAAUGGUGGAAGUUGUAGUCAAACAGACCUGAAGCCUUCAGAUGGGCCAAAGGUUGCUUUACAGAGAAGGUUUAAGACUGUAACCUCUCACUGUGAUCCAAGUGGGGAAUGAACUGCUUUCUCUUUAUUUUUGUGUACUUACCGUCACUGUGCCACUGCCAGCUUCACACAGCCUGAAAAUAAAGUUAAUUCAUUUUCCACUUGGUAAACUCAGGUUGUAUGUCUUCGUUUGAAGCAUAUCUCUGUUCUUAAUCCUAGCCAAACCCUAACCAAAGUAACAGGGGAAGAGGACAGCUUUUCUUCCUCGAGGUAAUGCUACCCAGUCCAGGGGCUCUGUCAACUGACAAAAACUAGCUGGGCUGCUCUUGGUUUUUCUACUGGGAUUGGGUUCAUACCUCAUGCUAAGCCAUGCUUUGUCUCGUUUGGCUUUACCUGAUGUGUGACCCCCAUCCCCACCACUAUGGUUUGUAAAUCAUAAUAUAUGGCUUGGCAUGUUGUACAACCCAGGCAGUUAUGGUUUGUUCAAGAAAUCAUGGUUAAAACAAACCAUGGCUGGGCACAAUGCAUGAAUUCAGUCUGGGAGUGAAAGCACAACCCAUGGGACAAACAGCAACAAAAGCAUCCCACAGUGAUUACCUGGCUUCUUCACAGCAGUUAGUGAGAUAACGCCCAUGAUCAUUAGUGACGCAAAGCUGUUCAGGCCUGGCUCGCUACGUGAUCAAAGUUUACAGUAACUGGACCUGUUAAUUACGCUUACCUCACCCACUAUCAGUAGUGAGGAGCUCAAGGAAGAAGUGGUUUCAUUGUACCUAUAAUGAAUGAAAAUGAAAUAAAACAUCUGUGGAGGAAAAAAAAAUAAACCACAUUUAUACCUGCGCUCCAUUGCUGUAACUUCAGCCUAGAACACAACGUGCUUUGGAAUCUAGUCCUGACUUCACUGUUGGGUUGACAUCCUCUCAUGGCUAAUGAUAAGUGCAGACACACACAUUCGUAAUCAACUUCAUUGCCAAAGUGGAGAACGUCCCAGUAUAAGUUGCAGGCAAUACACUUCCAAGGAGAAACAUCAGCUGUCCACAGAAAGCAGGGGAGGAUUAGUGGCAGGGCAUUUAUUCAGAAGCAAAAAUAGGCAUCAGUUGACAGUUCUUUAUUUAUUUAUUAUUAAUAAAUAUAUUUGUUGUUAUUCAGCUCUUAUUUCAUAUAAAUCACAUUUACCGAUUGUUUCAAAUGCUUUACAAGUUGUUAUUCCACUGCCAUUGGAAAUUAUUAGGGAGGGUGGUUGUGUUUAACGGCCUAUGGUUUAUGAUAGUUCUGCAAUGUGAUUUGCUGUUUGUGUUACAGUGGGGUAGAGGCUGUUUUCAAUUCCAAGAAUUAACCAGAUGAAAUAUAAUUCAGGCUACUUUGAUUAUCCCACUGUUUGCCUAGAUACUGUAGUCGGUUAUUGUUAUAUUUUUAUUCCACCUGUUAUUUUUUUUCAUAUAUAUAUCUCCCACUGUUUGCCUAGAUGCAGUAUUCAGUUAUUAUUAGAUUUUUAUCCCACCUUUUAUUUUUCAUAUAUAUCUAAUACUCCUGCCACCUAUUUUCCCUACAACAACAACAACCCUGUGAGGUGGGUUGGGCUGAAAGAGAGUGGCCCGAAGUCACGCAGCUGGCUUUCUGUGUUUUAUUAAUUUGCGUGUAUAAGCGUUACAUCAUUAAAUGUACUUCCUCUUUAAAACUGCAGAGAGAUUUUGAUAAUUGACGUAUAAUAAGUUUAAUAAACAUUUUAAAAGUUUAA